AUGGGACAAUUGCCAUCCGCUCGUGUAAGAUCAUCCAAGGCUUUCCUACACACUGGAAUAGACUACGCUGGGCCAGUAACACUGAAGACGUUUCAAGGUCGAGGUGCGAAAACUUAUAAAGGAUGGAUCGCUGUAUUUGUAUAUCUCGCUACGUCCGCUGUACAUUCAGAAAUUGUCACCGAUUACUCUACUGACGCUUUCGUCGCAGCAUUUCAACGAAUUACUAGUUGGAGAGGCGCCUGCAGUACCCUAUACUCGGACUGUGGUACAAAUUUUGUAGAAGCAGACGCCACGCUAAAGAAAGAAUUCGCAGCAGGAUCGAGACAGCUAAAGGAACUUCAGUAUUUACUCGCUACAGAUGGCACAGACUGGAAGUUCAAUCCGCCAAGCGUUUCCCAUUUUGGUGGCAAAUGGGAAGCAGCCGUUAAGUCAAUCACGUUUCAUCUCAUACGAACUAUUGGUGAAUCGCUAUUGACUUACGACCAACUCACUACAGUUUUAACUCAGAUUGAGGCUGUGUUAAAUUCGAGACUGAUCGCUCCGCUAUCCGAAGAUCCUGCAGAUUUAACCACUCUGACUCCCGGACAUUUCCUCAUUGGUGAACCACUAAUCGCUGUACCUGGACCUUCGCUACUGGAGAACAAUACCGCUACGUUGUGA